GCCCACUCCCCCAUCGCCCGGAAGUGAGGUCGCUGGGCGCGAGACGGCGACGGAAGCUCCGCGAGGAGACGGCGGCGGACGGAGAGCGGCGGUUCUGCCCUACAAAAAGAGACCCGAGUUCAUUCCCGCUCACGACCAACCAACAACACGACCAACAGUGACAACCAUCCAAAUCGGCUCCUGUAAUCCCUCCCUAGGUUUACUCGGCCUUAAAUUAGUAACUGGUGUAGCGGCGGUGUAUAGGAGUAGUAGUAGACAUCGCCACGCAGGAGAAGUAGGGAUACAAAGGUGGCCAGGUGGGCGUGUGUUGCUGGUCACACACCCACACCACUCUUCGUGUACCACAGUAUCAGCUGUUAUAGAUGCUGCUUCUACUACCAACUAACUAACCAACAAUGCACUUGCCCGGACAGCCCUGCUAGAGACUACGCAGGGGAGUUUUGUCAGCCUUCGGUCUUCUCUACGAAGGAGCUAUAAACUAUCAUCACAAAAACUCCGGUCAUUCUCGCUGCAGCAGCGGCUUUUGGCUAGCCGUCGACAAAAGACGGUCACCUCAUCGCACGGUGCUUUCACAUGCACUUCUGCGGCCGUCUGGAACGCUCUUCCGAUGUUAGGAAGCCACUGGAGCUACGCAACUUUUACAUCAUCUAGAUUGACAAACUCAUUUCUUUAGAACUGCUUUUUGUGUUUAAUUGUCCAUCCCUCCACACCUUUUAUCACGGUCGGCUACGUGCACUGCCAAAGAAGUUCAACAUACUACACACACAAAACACAUACACACACAUCACACACCACAGCACAAAGCACACAGCACAGAAGAUAACCAAAUAUCCCACCAUGGAGCAGAACCGCUCUCCUCCCGCACAACCGCCUGCUGGCAAGAGGCAACGCUGCCUCUGGUGCCAGCGGUUCGCCACUCGUCUCCCAGUCUCCGGAGAGACGCCGCUCCCCCCAUGCCCGCUUUGCGGAGAAACGUUCCCUCAGUCUGGAACUCGGAAUGGCCACGGCCAGAAAGAUGCCAAAUGCUCUUUUAAAUGCGCCGAAUGCGGGAAGUCUUUCUUGCAUCCGAGCAGCCUCCGGAGACAUGGCAAGAAGCAUGCACAGAGGGGGGAGAGGCGCUACUUCGAGUGCUCGCUGUGCGCCAAACGAUUUGAGGAGUUGUCGCAUCUUGAAGAACAUCGCAAGACUCACGCAGAGGGGGAACAGAAGAGGCGUUUCUUCGAGUGUGCGGUGUGCGGGAAAGAAUUUGCGAGGUCCUCCGAAUUUGACGAACAUCAGAAGACUCACAGAGGAUCGUUGCACCUUGAAGAACAUCACAAGACUUGCACAGAAUCUUUGCAUCUUGAAGAACAUCAGAGGACUCACACGGAAGGACAGAGACGUUUAUUGAAUUGCACUGUGUGUGGCAAGGAGUUUGCGGAGUCUUCAUAUCUUGAAGAACACAGCAAGACUCACUCAGGAGAGACAUCCUUCAAGUGCUCUGUAUGUGGGAUGGCGUUUGCAGAGUCAUCACAUCUUGAAGAACAUCAGAAGACUCAUGCAGAGGGGGCAGAGAGAUGCUUCUUCAAUUGCUCUGUGUGUGGGAAACAGUUUUCAGAGUCAUCACAUCUUGAAGAACACCGCAAGACUCACUCCGGAGAGACAUCCUUCAAGUGCGCUGUAUGUGGGAUGGCGUUUGCAGAGUCGUCACAUCUUGAAGAACAUCUCAAGACUCACACAGGGUUGUUGCAUCUUGAAAAACAUCAGAAGAUUAAAAAGGAAAUGAUGUUCUUCAAGUGCAUGGUGUGCGGGAUGGUCUUUGCAGAGUUGUCACAUCUUGAAGACCAUCGCAAGACUCACACCGGAUCGUCGGAUCUUUGCGAACUUCAAAAGACUCACACGGGGGUGGAGAGGCGCUUCUUCAAGUGCUUUGUGUGUGGAAAACAGUUUGCGGAGUCUUCACAUCUUGAAGAACACCGCAAGACUCACGAUGGAGAGACAUCCUUCGUGUACGUCGUGUUUGGCAAGGCGUUCGCAGAGACGUCGCAUCUUCAAGAACAAAAGACUCACACGGGGCAGGGGGGGAGGCAUUUAUUCAAAUGUACCGUGUGUGGGAUGGCGUUUGCAGAGUCGUCACAUCUUGCCGACCAUUGGAAGACUCACAUGGGCACGGGGCAGAUGCCAUUUAUGUACGUAGUGUGCGGAAAGGCGCUAGCAGAGUCUUCCAAGCUUGAAGACCACCGGAAGACUAACACGGAGGAGGAGAUGCUGUUUAAGUGCAGGGUGUGUGGGAAAGAGUUUGUGGAGUCUUCGCAUCUUCAAGAACAUCAGAAGAUCCACACGGCGGGGGAGAGUUGUUUCUUCAAGUGUUCCGUGUGUGGGAUAGCGUUUUCAGAGUCGUUGCAGCUUCAAGAACAUCACAAGAUUCACAUGGGGCAGAGACUCUUCAAGUGCGCGGUGUGCGGGAAGGCGUUUCCAGAUUCAUCGCAUCUUGAAGACCAUCGGAAGACUCACAUGCAAGGGGAGCGGCAUUUCUUCAAGUGCUCUGUGUGUGGGAAACAGUUUGUAGAGUCAUCACAUCUUCAAGAACAUCAGAAGAUUCACACGUGGGAGGAGAUGUCAUUCAAGUGCUUAAUGUGCAGGAAAGACUUUGCAGAUUCAUUGCACCUUCAAGAACAUAUCAAAACCCACGCCAGAGACACAUUCUUCAAGUGCUCUGUGUGCGGGAUGGCGUUUUUAGAGUCCGUGCAUCUUGAAGAACAUAGCAAGGCUCACACCGGAGAGAUGCUGUUCAAGUGCUUCGUUUGUGGGAAACAUUUUGUAGAGUUAUCACAUCUUCAAGAACAUUGCAAGACUCACACUCGGAAGAGACUCCUCAAGUGCGCAGUCUGCAGGAAGCAGUUUUCAGAGUCGUCGCACCUUGACGAGCACCGCAAGACCCACGCGGGGGAGACGCCCUUCAAGUGCUCACUGUGCCCCAAGGCGUUCCCUCUGCCCGGAGCCCUGAAGCGCCACCUCAAACUCCACGCCAGGGGCACGAAACGCUUCAAGUGCGCCAUUUGCGCCGAUGAGAAGGCCACUUUCACGACAUUCCCUGAACUCACCGAGCACCGGAAGACCCAACAUGCCGGGCAGCGCCCCUUCUGCUGCGCCACGUGUGGCAAAGCUUUCUCCCUGCCCAGAGCUCUUAACCGACACCACAAGACGCAUGCCGGCGAGCGUCCGUUCCCCUGCCCCACUUGCGGCAAGGCCUUCCGUGAAUCUGCCGACCUCCGGAAGCACCAGGAUGCUGCCCACAGCACUGAGAGGUCAUUCGUGUGCCCCAUCUGUGGCAAGGGGUACCCCCGGUCGGCAACGCUCAUCAGGCACCGGAGGAUCCACACGGCUGAGAAACGCUUCAAGUGCCCCACGUGCGGCAAAUCGUUCCUGGAAUCCGGUAGCCUCCGGAGGCACCGGAAAACACAUGCCCAGGGGUUCAAGUGCGCUGUCUGCGGGAAGUCAUUCGCUCAGCCAGAAAAGCUGGAGCAGCAUGGCAAGACACAUGCCAGCGGCAGGAGGUUCAAGUGUGCAGUCUGUGGGAAGUCUUUCUCGCGCCUGGGAAACCUGAGGCGUCACGGAAAUAAACACAAGGACGGGGAGUUGCGAUUGACUACCGGGUAUAAACAGGAGACUCGAGCGGGGAAGAAGACCCACACAGAGAUGGAGUUACAAGGAUCUAUUGGACAGCAGGAGGAGACCCACACAAAGAUGGAGUUGCACACAGAGAGGGAGUUGCAAGUAACUACUGGGUAUCAGGAGACCCGAGUGAAGAGGGAGUUGCUAGAAACUACCAGACAGCAUCAGCAGACACACACAGAGAGGGCGUUGCGUGGAACUACCAGACAGCAGAAGAAGACCCAUACAGAGAGGGAGUUGCGAGGAACUAUCAGGCAGCAAAAGAAGACUCGCACAGAGAUGGAGUUGCGAGGAACUACUAGGCAGCAGAAGAAGACUCGCACAAAGAGAGAGUUGCAAGCAACUACCGAGCAUCAGAAGACACACACAGAGAGGAAGUUGCGAGGACCUACAAGAUAUCACGAGACACACUCGAAGAGGGAGUUGCAUGGAACUACCAGGCAGCAGAAGAUGACCCACACAGAGAGGGAGUCGCGAGCAACUUCCGAGUAUCAGGAGACCCGAGUGAAGAGGGGGGUGUGUGGAACUACCAGGCAGCAAAAGAAAACACACACAGAGAGGGAGUUACAAGGAACUACCAGGUAUCAGGAGACCCGAGUGAAGCGGGAGCUGCGAUGGACUACCAGACAGCAGAAUACUCAAGCAAAGAGUGAGUUGCACACAGAGAGGGAGUUCCAUGGAACUACCAGGCAGCAGAAGAAGACUCGCACAGAUAUAGAGUUGCAAGGAACUACCAGGUAUGAGAAGACCCAAGAAGAUAUGCAGUUGCAAGGGAGAUGUCAAGGUGGAGUGUCGGAGGUUGCUCCCAACCCCGACAGGCGUGGAGGAAGCAACAACGCUCGAGAGGAGGAGAGGGAGGAGAGGGAGACCUCUGGACAAGGACGAGGAGUGGGCGGUGACUCUGACUGCUUGGUGGAGGUUUCUCAGUUCCACGUUUGGGUGGACUCCGUGGGAGACUCCAUGUGGGAGGGCCUCGUGUGUUUGGACCUCGAGUGAGACAAGAAAGUGAGGGGUGGGGUGUUUGUUUUGUUUCUCUUAACGUUUUAAAUAAACAAUAAACUAUUUUGUAUGGUAAUAGGGGUAACGUGUAAUGCCCACUGAGCUGUGUAGUUAUGACUCACACGUAAUAAUAUUCUUGUAAUGUGGGAAUUUAUAGCAGCAGCCAAAUAUUCUAGACCCAUAAAGUAUGGAUCUCUGUGUAUUGGAGUCUGUAACUGGGUCUGUGGAUCUCUAUGGGUCUCUGAGUGUAGAAACACCCUUUUAAUUUUUUUGGCUGCUGCUAUAAAUAUCUACACAAUGAUAUCAGCCACUUCGUCAAGCUAUAAUUACGUGUGAUAAUCCAGGCCGCUUCUGAAAAAUAGCUAAGUAGCUCAGUGGGCGCUUGCCUGGUAAAAUAAAAUAUAGCUUACAGUUUUAGUUUAGGAUAACGCUGGUAGCAUGAACCGUUUGCAAAAACAUAGCAUAUUUUGUGUCGUGGGAAAAACAUUUAAUGCAAAAGUUUUUUACAUCGCAAAGGGAAUUCACUGCGAGAGUUUAUAUUCGGGGUGCAACAACUUUUUGAAAUAUGAAACACCCUGGGUUAAACCAGGAAAAUGCAAAUAAACGUGCAUUGAUGAUGAUAAUAUGCAUGUUAAGUUUAACACCUAGCCUUUAUUAUUAACAUGCAUUGUCCUUAUAACUGAUUGGUUGAUAUGCCAUCGUUGUGGCCUUGUUUAUGCAAAAGUGCUAUAGACCAGAAUACAAUGCCAAAAGACGACCAGUACAAGGGCAAUGUAAACACACUUUGAUAAUAAUGAUAAUAAUGUAUGAUUGUUAAGUUUAACACGUAGGUUUUCUUAUAUAUGUAUGCAUUGUCCUUGUAACUGAUUGGCCUACAACAGUGCUAUAGACCGGAGUACAAUGCCAAAAUGCGACUAGUACAAGGGCAAUACAAACAACCAUUAUUUGAUGAUGAAAAUAUAUGCGUGUUAAGUUUAACGCGUCUCUGCUUUAUUAUGAAUGUGUGCAUUGUCCUUGUAACGGGAUUGGCCUAUACACCACAGCUAAGGACUUGUCUCUGCACCAGCACUAUAGUCCAGAGUAUAACGCCAAAAACAUAACUAGUACAAGGGCAAUACAAACAACCAUUAUUUGAUGAAAAUGUUUGCGUGUUAAGUUUAACACGUCGGCUUUAUUACGAAUGUGUGCAUUGUCUUUGUAAUGGAUUGGCCUAUACACCACAGCUAAGGCCUUGUCUGCACCAGUGUUAUAGACCAGAGUACAACGCCAAUAGGCGACCGGUGCAAGGGCAAUGCAACUUUCAAAGCAUACAUUAAUCGGGUCGAGCAGUUACGUUAAUAAGUGUCUUUUUGGUGUUUAAGCAUCUUAACACCUCUGGUAUUAUUGCCAGAGGGCUAAGUAAAGCAUUUGUUUUUCUUCGUACCUUUUGAUCUCCGGUUAUACCUGUGAUCACUUUAUAUUAACACGUCCUUCUUUCGUACGGCUGACGUAGAUGCAGAGCAACAAUUACUAUUUCACAUUCAGGUGGUCAAACAAGAUAACUGCGUCAGGAGCAGUGGAGUGUAUUAUCGUUGUGAUGUCUCCUUUGUAUUUGUGGAUCAGGGCAUUGCGUCUUUAUACCUUGCAUGGUCUGUUCGUGAUUACCACACUUGCACAUUUUUGGAGAGUUUUUUUUCUAUUUGUGCAUCACAUAUCUGCUGUUGCCAUGGUUUGUGCAGUGGAUGCAAUUAAGGGUGGAUCGUGAGCUGCAUGGAAUAUUAAACCCAAGGAUCUUCUGCAACAAAGUGGUGGUGAUAUCACCACGAUGCAUGCACCAAGCUAGGUGCACUUUUGAGGCCACGUGAAGUUUUGAACGCCUGCUGGCAGGAGGUCACGGGACAAACCAACUGUUGUUCAUCUUUCAGUGGGUGGCGUAAGCAACCACCAUUCCCCAGCUCCCAUUGAUGGGGAGGCGAGCCCACAGCAGCCUGGGACUCAGAUUUUCACACCUCACCGCCACGCUCAAAUGCCACCUUAAUGAUUUUGUUCAGAAGAGCCACUCCCUGUUUAGCAGUCUCCUGCCACGCAAUAUCUAGCGAAGACGGCAGUGAUGACGAGUCGAGUCCACACCCCAGAACCGGCAGCCACGAGUUCCCGCUCUCAGCUGGCUCUGCCCUGACCACACCUCCCUUCUCGAACCCACGAGCAGGUUCCAGGGGCUUCCAGAUGGGGUCUUCUAUGACCCUUGCCCCAGUUACUCCGACUUGUC